GCCCUGCCUCACUGCCUCUCCAUCCAUCCGUCUGUCCGGCUGUCCCUCCGCCUCCAUCGCUCUGCUCACCGAGCCUGGCGUCUGCCUGUCCCCAGAACACCUCUCGCUCUGUCUCUCCCUCCCCUGUCCCCGUGUCUCAUCCGGCUGCGCCUUUUUCUCUCCCUUCCUCUUCCAUCUCUCCCUCAAUCCAUCUGACUGUAAGUCCGUCCCUGCUGACUCUGGCCUUGAUUCUGGUGAGUGUCCUGUUGUUUGUGGUUUGCUGUGUUAUUCCAUCCUUAUUCUCUGUUCGUUGUCCCUGUUCACUGGGAAGGACUUGCCCCUAUUCACCCCUACUCUCUGGAGGACUUGCACCCUACUUGCUCUGUCUGUCCACCCUGUCAGCAUGAUGGUCUCCAGCAAUGUUGCGUCAGAGCUUUGGACUUCUAGGAAAAUCCUACACCCAUGACACAACAGGAUCCUUUUUGCUGGGGAAGUUCCUCCGCCUACCUCUACACACGGUGCCUCUCUGUAGUGCUGUGGUGGAUGUUACUAUCCAGGAUUAUGUGGCUGACGUGGCCUCAGAACUCAUCUACCAGAACAGGAGUCUGAUUUCCACAGAAGUGCUCUUCGUCUUCCCCCUGAGCCCCCAGAUGGCCAUCUACUCCUUCCAGACCCGUAGUAAGGAUGCCAAGAUCCAGGCUGUGCUACGGGACAAGCCCCAGCAACUGCAUGAGGCUACAGGAGGCUGGGAGAACAUGGAAUACCUUCAGGAUCAGUCUGAAUAUCCAGGUGAGGUGUUUGCCUGCUUCCUGGGCACUCUGUCCCCUGGCAGGGAGGUGGUCGUGACCUUGCGCUAUGUCCAAGAGCUGUCGCGGGAACCAGAUGGAGCAGCCCGUUUUGUGCUGCCACCUACACUGCAUCCCUACACAACACUCUAUGCCUGUAAUUGUAACACUGGCAAGCUGCCCUACAGCCUGCUGCUCACUGCCAGCCUGCAGUCACCCCGUGGAGUGGCCCGUGUCCAUGCCAAUUUCAACCUCUCCCCUUUGAUCUACACUGCCCAGGACCACAGCACUGCUCAGGUCUCCCUGGCUGGCAGCCCCCCAAGUCAGCAUGAUUUGGAGCUGGUGGUGCAUUUUGGAGAGCCCACUGCAUUCAGUGCUGUGGUAGAGAAGGGAGACCCUGGAGCCCCCACAGGCUCCCUGCUUGGUGACCCCAUGGUGUUGGUGACACUGGCACCCAGCAUCCCUGAGGCGGUGCCUCGGCAGCACCAGUCUGGAGAGUUCAUCUUCCUCCUGGACACCACGUUUCUUGAGCAUGCACAGGACUCUCUGCUCUUCCUUCUCAAAAGCCUGCCCCUGGGCUGCUACUUCAACAUCUACUGCUAUGGACAAACCUCUGAGGGCAUCUACCCGCAAAGUGUUGAAUAUACUCAGGACAAUGUGAUGGAGGCCAUGCAGCGCAUCCCUUCCACUGUCUCUAGUCUGGGCGACACCAACCUGCUGGGAACCCUCCGCUCAAUCUACGAUACCCCUCGUCCCCACGGGCACACGCACCAGCUCUUCCUCUUCAUGGCUGGGCUACCCCCUGACAAGGAAGCCAUUGCAGCUGAGGUCUGCCGUCACCACAACAGCCACCGGUGUUUCUCCUUCUUCUUCUCUGAGGACAGCGCUGCCCUCGCUAUGGCCUUGGCCAGGGAAACAGGGGGUGAAGCUGCCUACAUCUCCUCUUACAACAGUAUGACAGCUGUGGUGCUGAAGUGCCUGAAGCGGGCCCUCAAGCCAGCAGCUGAGGGAAUCUCUCUGAGCUGGACCCUGCCCCAUGGUCUGGAGGUUGAGAUGCUGGGGGGCACCCCUCAGUCCAUCUUUCAGGGUCAACACAGUCUCCUCUAUGUCCAGAUCCAUGGACAGGCACAGGGUACAACAGUGGCCAAGGGGGUCAUGACUUUGCAGUACAGCCUGGACGGCCAGGAUGUCACUCACAUGAUCGAAUUCUCUCUGUGCCCACAGGGAGAUGGCCGGCUGGCUGGGCAUCGUCUGGCUGCAAGACGCUUGCUGAAGAGGUUGUCGCUAGAGGCUGUGAGUGGGUCAGGGGAUGAACCAAGGCAUCGUGCAGUCCAGAUCAGCCUCGCUUCAGGGAUCAUCUGCCCCUUUACCAGCUAUGUGGGGGUUCGCACAUCACAGAGGGUCACCUGGUACCAAGGGCCCAUGGCACUGUUGCCACUGCGCCAGUCAUUCGUCCCCUGCCAGAUUGUUGAGCUUCGUGGCUCCAGCAGAGUCUCCUCCUGCUAUCCUGCGAGCCUCUGGGUCCCACCCGGCUGGCUGACAGCAGCAUGUGCACCAUGGCUUGCCCUCCGUCGACUCGCCCAUGGCAUUGCUGCCCUGCCUCAGCGGGGGACUUGCUCAAAAGCAUGUAAACCACCACCACCAUCUGUUUCUUCUCUCAAGUAUGUGGAUCCCACAACACUUGUUUUGUGCUCACCAACUUUUGGGCCUUGGCUCACCAAAGCAAUUGCUGAGUGCAAGGAGCUGGUGUCACUGCAGAAUGUAGAUGGCUCCUGGGCCCUCAGCUCCGGCUUGGCCUCCGUGCUGGAACUUGAUGAGGUUGAAAUCAAGGGAAAGAUGCCUGGUAAGGACAUGGAGCCAAGCAUCUGGGCCACAGUGCUGGCUGUGACCUGGCUGAACAGAAAGGGCAAGUGUUACCAAGACCUCUGUGAGCUGCUGGAGGCCAAGGCUGUGACCUGGCUCUGCAGCCAAGCUGUGUCCCAGCUGGACAAGUGCCUGGAGGCAGCCAACACCCUCCUUGGGAGCAGCGUGAAGCCAAGUGUCUUCAGGCUCUGAACUCAACCCGUGCCUUGUGCUACAGACCAGAAGCACCUGCAGAGCUAAACAUGGCCAGAAAGCACAGCCUAAAAUCACCUACCGUGCAGGGAUAUCAGUGUUGCUACCAGCUGGGGUCUUAGACUACAGAUGAAUUCCCGCUGCUUAAGUCUUCUUCGAGUUGGGCUGAACCUGUAUCAUACUCAAGAGGAAACCUCAAGUUCAGAGCCUCCAGCAUGUUUGGUUUGGGUGGAGGUGGAGUGGGAAGGAGCCGACACAUUCCCCAGUGGUUGCCCUUCCUGAAUUGCGUUUUGGCAAAAUGGGCCACUGGCCUCCAGAGAGAUGGCGCCUAGGGACAUGGUUUACUGGGUAGAUUGGACUCAAUGAUCUUAAGGGUCUUUCCCAACCUAAAUGAUUCUACGUUUCUAUGGUUCCUGCCUUGACAGCAGUGCUGUGCACACUAGAAAAGACGAGUGUUUGGAGGUGUCAACAGCAGGCACAAUAGCAGUGGCUCGCAAUGAGGGACUCCUGCUGCACCCCACUUGCUGACCUCUUUGCUUUACCCCAAAAGUCCAGGCUGUGUUGGGAAGUCUCAUUCUGCAAUG